AUGACGCAUUUGCUAACAAWSGAACAAAAACAGAUUCGAAUGCGAYUUUCUCAGCAACAUUUAGAGCRUUUUYGAAAGAAUAAAGUAGAUUUUGAGCGUCGACUGAUCACUAURGAUGAGACUUGGAUCUAUCAYCAUGAUCCUGAAUUAAAACAAGAGUCUAAAGARUGGUAUGAACCUGAUUCUUCGGCUCCGAAACGAGGUCGGGUUCAGAAAUCGGCCAAGAAGGUGUUAGCAUCAGUUUUUUGGGAUGCGAAAGGAAUUUUGUUUGUGGAUUACUUGCAAACUGGUAAAACGAUAGAUUCUGAAUAUUAUUGUAACCAUUUAGACCAGCUGAAGGAAAAAAUUCGUGAAAGAACACCCGGUUUGCAGAAGAAAAUAAUCCUCUAUUUUAGAGCAUUAUUUAAAGUCACCCGGUAG